GAGGAGUGGGGACAAGGUCGAGCGACGAGUCAUCUAUCCGCGCGCCCGAGCGCGGAAACCGAGGGGCAGGCUCGCGCUCUGCCUGCUUCGUGGCGCUUGGUUCGUCCCUCGCCCGAGGAGCGCGGUGGCGGCGUGGGAGGGAGCCUCUGACGGCGUCUGUGAUGGAGUUGAACUAGAUCAGUGGUUCUCAACAACUGAUUUUGCAACAACCUACUAUGUUGGGCUCAUCUGUGAGUUAUGGAACUCUAUUUUAAGAACCUCUCAAAACGAAACAAGCAAAUCAUGGAGAAGAAUGGAAAUAACCGAAAGCUGCGGGUUUGUGUUGCUACUUGUAACCGUGCAGAUUAUUCUAAACUUGCCCCGAUCAUGUUUGGCAUUAAAACCGAACCUGAGUUCUUUGAACUUGAUGUUGUGGUACUUGGCUCUCACCUGAUAGAUGACUAUGGAAAUACAUAUCGAAUGAUUGAACAAGAUGACUUUGACAUUAACACCAGGCUACACACAAUUGUGAGGGGAGAAGAUGAGGCAGCCAUGGUGGAGUCAGUAGGCCUGGCCCUAGUGAAGCUGCCAGAUGUCCUUAAUCGCCUGAAGCCUGAUAUCAUGAUUGUUCAUGGAGACAGGUUUGAUGCCCUGGCUCUGGCCACAUCUGCUGCCUUGAUGAACAUCCGAAUCCUUCACAUUGAAGGUGGGGAAGUCAGUGGGACCAUUGAUGACUCUAUCAGACAUGCCAUAACAAAACUGGCUCAUUAUCAUGUGUGCUGCACCCGCAGUGCAGAGCAGCACCUGAUAUCCAUGUGUGAGGACCAUGAUCGCAUCCUUUUGGCAGGCUGCCCUUCCUAUGACAAACUUCUCUCAGCCAAGAACAAAGACUACAUGAGCAUCAUUCGCAUGUGGCUAGGUGAUGAUGUAAAAUCUAAAGAUUACAUUGUUGCACUACAGCACCCUGUGACCACUGACAUUAAGCAUUCCAUAAAAAUGUUUGAAUUAACAUUGGAUGCACUUAUCUCAUUUAACAAGCGGACCCUAGUCCUGUUUCCAAAUAUUGAUGCAGGGAGCAAAGAGAUGGUUCGAGUGAUGCGGAAGAAGGGCAUUGAGCAUCAUCCCAACUUUCGUGCAGUUAAACACGUCCCAUUUGACCAGUUUAUACAGUUGGUUGCCCAUGCUGGCUGUAUGAUUGGGAACAGCAGCUGUGGGGUUCGAGAAGUUGGAGCUUUUGGAACACCUGUGAUCAACCUGGGAACACGUCAGAUUGGAAGAGAAACAGGGGAGAAUGUUCUUCAUGUCCGGGAUGCUGACACCCAGGACAAAAUAUUGCAAGCACUGCACCUUCAGUUUGGUAAACAGUACCCUUGUUCAAAGAUAUAUGGGGAUGGAAAUGCUGUUCCAAGGAUUUUGAAGUUUCUCAAAUCUAUCGAUCUUCAAGAGCCACUGCAAAAGAAAUUCUGCUUUCCUCCUGUGAAGGAGAAUAUCUCUCAAGAUAUUGACCAUAUUCUUGAAACUCUAAGUGCCUUGGCCGUUGAUCUCGGCGGGACGAACCUCCGAGUUGCAAUAGUCAGCAUGAAGGGUGAAAUAGUUAAGAAGUAUACUCAGUUCAAUCCUAAAACCUAUGAAGAGAGGAUUAAUUUAAUCCUACAGAUGUGUGUGGAAGCUGCAGCAGAAGCUGUAAAACUGAACUGCAGAAUUUUGGGAGUAGGCAUUUCCACAGGUGGCCGUGUAAAUCCUCGGGAAGGAAUUGUGCUGCAUUCAACCAAACUGAUCCAAGAGUGGAACUCUGUGGACCUUAGGACCCCCCUUUCUGACACUUUGCAUCUCCCUGUGUGGGUAGACAAUGAUGGCAACUGUGCUGCCCUGGCGGAAAGGAAAUUUGGCCAAGGAAAGGGACUGGAAAACUUUGUUACACUUAUCACAGGCACAGGAAUCGGUGGUGGAAUUAUCCAUCAGCAUGAAUUGAUCCACGGAAGCUCCUUCUGUGCUGCAGAACUGGGCCACCUUGUUGUGUCUCUGGAUGGGCCUGAUUGUUCCUGUGGAAGCCAUGGGUGCAUUGAAGCAUACGCCUCUGGAAUGGCCUUGCAGAGGGAGGCAAAAAAGCUCCAUGAUGAGGACCUGCUCUUGGUGGAAGGGAUGUCAGUGCCAAAAGAUGAGGCCGUGGGUGCGCUCCAUCUCAUCCAAGCUGCGAAACUUGGCAAUGCGAAGGCCCAGAGCAUCCUAAGAACAGCUGGAACAGCUUUGGGUCUUGGGGUUGUGAACAUCCUCCAUACCAUGAAUCCCUCCCUUGUGAUCCUCUCCGGAGUCCUGGCCAGUCACUAUAUCCACAUUGUCAAAGACGUCAUUCGCCAGCAGGCCUUGUCCUCCGUGCAGGACGUGGAUGUGGUGGUUUCGGAUUUGGUUGACCCCGCCCUGCUGGGUGCUGCCAGCAUGGUUCUGGACUACACAACACGCAGGAUCUACUAGACCUCCAGGAACAGACAUGGACCUUCUCUCCAGAGCUCCUGAGUGGAAUCAAGUUCUUGUCUUUAGGAUGACCGUUUCUUAACAAUCAAAUCUGGUAUUGAACUGCAGGUGACUUUGGCAGAGAAAUGUUUUCACUUUUGGUCUCCUCUUCCAGAGUCACCUUUCCCCACUCCUAUUUUUGUAGAUGCUAUUCUUUCUGAUGUCUUCUUACUAGGGGUCAUUUUAGCUCAAACCCUGUAAGUUGCAGUCACAAUUUUCUGUGCCAAAGUAGCUACAAUAAUAGAGAGGAAGCCUUCUUAGAACUCUGCUUACUAAUGUAUUAAUACCACUGAGACCUUCAGGCCUUGCCUGGGAUAUCACUUCAUCCUGAAGUUUGCAUUAAUAAUCCUUCCAGGCCGGGCACAGUGGCUCACGCCUGUAAUCCCAGCACUUUGGGAGGCCGAGGCGGGCGGAUCACGAGGUCAGGAGAUCGAGACCAUCCUGGCUAACAUGGUGAAACAUGGUGAAACCCCGUCUCUACUAAAAAUACAAAAAAUUAGCUGGGUGUGGUGGCGGGUCCCAGCUACUCGGGAGGCUGAGGCAGGAGAAUGGCAUGAACCAGGGAGGCGGAGCUGGCAGUGAACUGAGACCGCACCACUGCACUCCAGCCUGGGUGACAGAGCAAGACUCCAUCUCAAAAAUAAUAAUAAUAAAUAAUAAUAAUAAUAAUAACAAUAAUAAUCCUUCCAGCUGGGUGCAGUGGCUCACGCCUGUAAUCCCAACAUUUUGGGAGGCCGAGAUGGGCGGAUCACCUGAGGUCAGGAGUUCAAGACCAGCCUGGCCAACAUGGUGAAACCCCAUCUCUACUAAAAUACAAAAAUUAGCCGGGCGUGGUGGCAUGUGCCUGUAGUCCCAGCUACUCGGGAGGCUGAGGCAGGAGAAUUGCUUGAACCCGGGAGGCGGAGGUUGCAGUGAGCCGAGAUCAUGCCACUGCACUCCACCCUGGGUGACAGAGCGAGACUCCGUCUACACACACACACACACACACACACACACAAAUCCUUCCUCCUCUAACCCCAAACUAAGAUCACAGAAGGUGAUCCAGUCAGAGAAGAGAGGGAAAUCUUACCAGGAAGGGCUUAAGUACACUUUUUUAAAACAGCUUUAUUGUUUUUAAAGCCUACAAUUUGAUAAGCCUUGACAUAUGUAUACCUGUGAAAGCAUCACCACAAUCAAGACAUUGGACAUAUCUAUCACUCCCCCAUCUCAGAUAUCCCCCCUAAUCCUGGAUACCAUUUGUUGAAAGAUGUUAUUACUCUAGCUGAACUUACAAGAGACUUUAGACCAGGGAUCUAAAUUACAGUGGCCUUAGUAACCUUGUCCUUAUCUUCUUAGGACAGCUGAGAAGCCACUGGGACUUAGAGCCUUUAAAAGGAGAUUAACUGUCCCAAAAGGAUCUUUGCUACUGACCAGCAGACACUUCUUCCUUCAGUAGCCUUUCAUACUGUGUUGAGUAACACCCUAGGGUGUCCAUUAAAGUUUUGAGUUUUACCUAGAGCCCAGAGCCAUGAAUCAGGAUUCUGUCUACAUGAUUCGUGUUUUCAUUGGUGUCAAAAUACAAAAGCCAAAGUUCUGGCUAUGAAUUGUUAACUUGGAAGAAAUACUAACUGCCACCACUUAUUAAGUGCCUACUGUGUGCCAGGCUCUGAACUAGGUGCUUCAUAUACAUUAUCCUAAAUUCUCUCAACAUAUGAGGUAGGUGUUUUAAUUUUUAUUUUAUAGAACUUGGUGUGUUUGACUGUUAAGCUAUGGGGCUAGAGAGAGGGUUUGAUCCCAGGUCCCUCUGUGCUUUUUCUGCUGAGCCACACAACCUCUCAUUUCAAAAACACUUUCAAAAUGCUAACAUAUUCUAAUUCACUCUAGGCCACCAAAAACUUUAAUACUAAUAUCUGAUUUGUAAAUGACUUAAUGUAUCCUUGACCCUAUCAGCUGAAUGUAAUCAAAUAUUCCUCUCUGCUGUGAAAUUUUACCAGUAUAGUAUUUGGUCUAGUGACAGGUGUUCUACUUUUUUGAGACGGGUCUCACUCUGUCACCCAGGCUGGAGUGCAGUGGCUCAAUGCAACCUCCGCCCCCCAAGUUCAAGUGAUUCUCCUGCCUCAGCCUCUUGAGUAGCUGGGAUUACAGGCACAUGCACCACGCCCGGCUGAUUUUUUUUUGUAUUUUUAGUAGACAGGGUUUCACCAUGUUGGCCAGGCUGGUCUGGAACUCCUGACCUCAGGUGAUCCGCCCGCCUCUGCCUCCCAAAGUGCUGGGAUUACAGGUGUAAGCCAUCACACCUGGCCCUAGUGACAGGUUUUUAUGGGUACUUUUAGAUGAUCUAAAAAAUCAUGUGCAUAUAUCUUUCAGAUUUUUAUUUUGGGAAAAUGAAGGUUUCUACAACAUAUUGUUUCAGUGUUCAAAUAAACUGAAGGAAUCAACAUUACAUUUGAACUAUAUCCUUCCUAGUGGGUUAGUGUGAAAAAGAGUUUGGCUGAUUCCUAAAACUCUGCCAGCCCUGCAGUAAUCUCCAGGGCCUGGUUAUUGUUCAGACAUUCCAUGGUGAUUCCUGGGAAGGAAGCUUGGCUGCUCAGUUUCUGAGUCUGGGGUGAGAUAAUGUUCUGGGAAGGGACAUCUGUUCUUUGGUGUAAUCUCUCAUGGUGAAAUCUGCUCUGUACAUCAGACAAUUGCAUUGCUACCAAGUUUCAUACCAAAUAUUUGAAAGGAUGGUAUUGAAUCUAAAACCAAAUAUUAGUUUUUAUUAAACUCAUGGGAAGGCUAAUAUAUUCCAACAUAAAUUAUUACAUAUGGUUAAGUAAUUGCAUGUUAAUUUAUUUUAAUGUAAAUAUUUGUUACUGUUCUGAGCCAAAUUCUAAAGAAAAAAUAAAUACAUUUCCUUGUUGAAA